AUGGAGCUCCGGGCCCGAGGCUGGUGGCUGCUGUGCGUGGCCGUCGCACUGGCCGCCUGCGCCCACGGGGACCCUGCCAGCAAGAGUCGGAGCUGCGGCGAAGUCCGCCACAUCUACGGGACCAAGGGCUUCAGCCUGAGCGACGUGCCCCAGGCGGAGAUCUCGGGUGAGCACCUGCGGAUCUGCGCCCAGGGCCGCACCUGCUGCACCAGCCGGAUGGAAGAGAGCCUGGCCAACGGCAGCCGGGCCGAGCUGGAGGCGGCGCUCCAGGGCCGCGGCCGGGCCCUGCGGGCCGCGCUGGCCACCCAGCUGCGAGGCUUUGACGAUCACUUCCGGCGCCUGCUGACCGACUCGGAGCGGGCGCUGCAGGAGGCCUUCCCGGGCGCCUUCGGGGAGCUGUACGUGCAGAACGCCAACGCCUUCCGCGACCUGUAUGCCGAGCUGCGCCUCUACUACCGCGGGGCCAACCUGCACCUGGAGGAGACGCUGGCCGAGUUCUGGGCCCGCCUGCUCGAGCGCCUCUUCCGGCAGCUGCACCCGCAGCUCCUGCUGCCCGACGACUACCUGGACUGCCUGGGCAAGCGGGCCGAGCCGCUGCGGCCCUUCGGGGAGGCCCCCCGUGAGCUGCGCCUGCGCGCCACCCGCGCCUUCGUGGCGGCGCGCGCCUUCGUGCAGGGCCUGGGCGUGGCCAGCGACGUGGUCCGGAAGGUGGCCCAGGUGCCCCUGAGCCCGGAGUGCUCACGGGCCGUCAUGAAGCUGGUGUACUGCGCCCACUGCCUGGGGGUGCCCGGCGCCCGGCCCUGCCCCGACUACUGCCGCAACGUGCUCAAGGGCUGCCUGGCCAACCAGGCCGACCUGGACGCCGAGUGGAGGAACCUUCUGGACUCCAUGGUGCUCAUCACAGACAAGUUCUGGGGUCCGACGGGCGCAGAGAGCGUCAUCGGCGGCGUGCACUUGUGGCUUGCAGAGGCCAUCAGCGCCCUACAGGACAACAGCGACACCCUCAUGGCCAAGGUCAUCCAGGGCUGCGGGAACCCCAAGGUGAACCCCCAGGGCCCCGAGCCUGAGGAGAAGCGACGCCGGGGCAAGCUGGCGCUGCCAGAAAAGCCACCCGCGGGCACGCUUCAGAAGCUGGUCUCCGAGGCCAAGGCCCAGCUCCGAGAUGCCCAGGACUUCUGGGUCAGCCUCCCGGGGACGCUGUGCAGUGAGAAAUUGGCCAUGAGUGCGGCCAGCGAUGACCACUGCUGGAACGGGGUGGCCAAGGGUCGGUACCUCCCCGAGGUGAUGGGCGAUGGCCUGGCCAACCAGAUCAACAACCCCGAGGUGGAGGUGGACAUCACCAAGCCCGACAUGACCAUCCGCCAGCAGAUCAUGCAGCUGAAGAUCACGACCAACCGUCUGCGCGGCGCCUACAACGGCAACGACGUGGACUUCCAGGACGCCAGUGAUGACAGCAGCGGCUCAGGCAGCGGCGAGGGCUGCCCCGACGACGACGAGUGCGGCCGGAGCGUCGGCAGGAAGAGCUCCAGCUCCCGGACGCCCCUGAGCCACGCCCUGCCCGGCCUCUCCGAGCGAGAGGGUCAGAAGGCGUCAGCCACGGGCCGCCCGCAGCCCUGCACGCAUCUCCUGCUGCUCUCCGGCCUCCCGCUGGUGCUCUCAGCAGCCAGGCCCCGGUGGCGGUAA